CCUGAGCUCGAACCCCGAGCGCCGGCAGUUAACGCAGUGGCCUCGAAGCUGUAACAACAUCUCGCGUCCGCUCAAACCGCUCGAUCCGCUCCGCUCCGUCACGAGAAAAGCGAGAAGCGCUGAGAGUAUCUGCAGUGAAACGUGUUAUCGUGAUAAGGUUCUACGAGUAUUCCAUGCCAUAAGGUGUCGCACAUUAUUGUAUUGAAAUCGAAACGCAACAUUCGCCGUCGGCUGAGAAAGUGAACUGUUAUCGAAUGUGCUAAUCAAAAACGAAAAAUGUUGCAAGCGCCUGCAAAUUGAUUUCUAUCUCGGAUAUGCGAAUUUACACUGGUUAUUAAUAGAUCUGGUUUAAGAAUACUAUUAUAUAAGCAUCCUAUGCAGACGACGGCUUCCGUGGGACGCUUGACAAACUGAUCAAGUCGUCGUCGUUAUCAUCUAUAUCUCCUCAUACUGGCUGCGAUCGGGCUCGAUUUCGAUUCCCAGGCUAAAGCUGGCGAUAGAUUUUCGAGCAAGAUACUUGGAUUAAAAACCGCCAAAAUUGUGGAGGCAAUUAAAAUGAAGACUGAGCUGCGUUCCUGCGCAGCGUGCGGGGAGCCCAUCUCGGAUCGGUUCUUCCUGGAGGUCGGCGGCUGCUCCUGGCACGCCCACUGCCUCCGCUGCUGCAUGUGCAUGUGCCCCCUGGAUCGCCAGCAGUCCUGCUUCAUCCGGGAGAGGCAGGUGUACUGCAAGGCCGACUACAGCAAAAAUUUCGGCGCCAAGUGCUCCAAGUGCUGUCGCGGCAUCUCCGCCUCGGAUUGGGUGCGUCGGGCACGGGAGCUGGUCUUCCACCUAGCCUGCUUCGCCUGCGACCAGUGCGGACGCCAGUUGUCCACCGGCGAGCAGUUCGCCCUCAUGGAUGACCGGGUGCUCUGCAAGGCUCAUUAUCUGGAGACGGUCGAGGGUGGCACCACAUCGAGCGACGAGGGCUGUGAUGGCGAUGGUUAUCACAAGAGCAAGACGAAACGGGUGCGCACCACCUUCACCGAGGAGCAGUUGCAAGUGCUGCAGGCCAACUUCCAGAUUGACAGUAAUCCGGAUGGCCAGGAUCUGGAGCGGAUCGCCUCGGUGACCGGUCUCAGCAAGCGUGUGACGCAAGUGUGGUUCCAGAACUCGCGGGCGCGUCAGAAAAAACACAUACAUGCUGGUAAGAAUAAAAUGCGCGAACCGGAAGGAAGCUCAUUUGCGCGUCAUAUUAACCUGCAGUUAACGUAUUCAUUUCAGAAUAACGCACAGAACCCAAUGCAUUUGAACGGCUCUAAAGCGGGUCUAUACCCGACUCAUGAAUCCUCUAUGGAUGAAUUGUCGCAGGACUCCAGUGUGCACUGUAUGCCCAGCGAGGUGUGACUAGAGCAAUCCUCGCCAGCUCGAGCACAUCGCUAGCUGACUGGCCACCCACAAAUCGUCCUUUCCUAGUCAAAAUUUAUGUAAUGCGUCCACACGAAAGCAGUUUCGCAAAAAUCACACAAUUCGGUCCGGAGAAGAAUAGAAAAAGAAUGAAACCUUCAACAUCAUACAAAGCAGUCCCAGUUUUUAGGCUUUGAGCAACCCGAACGAACCACCCAACGUCAUCACAGUGAAAUCUCAUCAUAAAAGACACAGCAAACAAACAAACAAACAUUCCUGCAUUGUAGUCUAAGGAACUGCAGCUUAGUUAAUUUAAUUUAAAUGAAAUUUAAAUUUAAUUUAGUUUAAUGUUCAGUAACCGAUAAGUGUUUCCCACAUCAUUCAACUCGAAGAUUGAUAACUGCUUGCCAAGGCUCCUGUAAUAUAUUUAUGCGUAUGCCUAACCAAUCAUUGUCUUAUAUUUACCAUGAGAAACGUUGUUAUUGUUUAUUUUCUUGUUUUCUAAAUGUAUAAAAACCGAUAUAAAUAUAUAUAUAUAUAAACUUAGUUCCAUAGUCGUACCCUAAAUAUAGCUCGCCAGGCAAUUUGUAUAUAGUAAUGAUAGCCGAAAUUGAUAAGCAACGCAGAAAACAGUUAAUGAGAAGAAACUACACAGCUAAAAACUAACAUUUAGUUAACAAAAAUUAUAAAAUACAAUUAAAGAUGAACCGAAAUCAAUUAAAAAAGAAAAACAAAUUAAAGAGAAAA